AUGAAAGAAUUUUCAAUUAAUGAUAUUCCAGAAUUCUCCAAUAAAGAUCGCAUAGUUGUUGUAGGGGUAAUAGGAAAAUCCCCAUAUCGUUAUCCAAACAAAGCAACACCAUUAGUUCCUUCAGAGCUUUUUUCACAGAAUGGUAUCCAAUGCCUUUGGGAUGAGAGACAAAGUGUCCUAUAUCUACAUGCCGUUACCUACUUCGAUACUAACCGGCUUUGCGAACUCGCCAAUAACCUAAGCGAGAACUCUAACAGUACUGUGAAGGAUGCAGAUGCAGCUCACUGGCUUGUUGCAUCUGGUGAGCUGGCUAUAGAGUCAUGCAAAGCGUUUGCUCUUCUUUUUCAUCUGUGUCAUAUAGUUAUCUUGUCUUCACCAACACCAGUCUUUGAUGUGGGAUAUUUGCAAUUGUUCAAGGCUAUUGAUGCUUAUAGAAAUGAAUUGACAGGACCAAUAACUACUGCCUUAAUAGAAGCUGGGGUGUCAGAUGCAUGGGAAGCACGAGGUAGAUUCUGUUGCCCACGUCUUUUGUUCCACUUUCGUCGAGCACCAACACCUUUAAGGAAAAACCCAAUGGCUCUUAAGAGACUAGAACAUGCCAUUGAGGAUCAAAUCUAUUUUAUUUUAAGAAAGUCAAGGGUUAUUACUAAUGUAUGCGUGAAGUCUUCAUUUGCCAUACCAAAAAAUGAGGAAUUUGUUUAUAUAAGUACUGAAGAAGGUACUGGUAAUGCACGAGACAUGAGUACUCUGGUUCGUGGUUUGGUACAGAUGUGUUCUGGCAUUCAACCUGAAGCUAGCAGCCGACAAACCUUCGCUCAGUUCCUGCAAAUGCAUCUGGAUGUAGCUUUUGAACAGGGAUUUAAUGAUAAUGUUGGAAAGUAUGCAAUGAGUACAUCUUUUUUUGAAUUACCAAGCGCCAAGUCAUGGAGAACACGUGCUCAAGCUUUAGUUCCUAUUUAUAUGAAGGAAUCCCCAACACUUAGUGAUGACCAGGACAAUGGAGAUGCCCUCUUCGACGCGUUGGCUACUGACGUUAGGUUCUCUAAAGCAAGAUGUGCUAAGGUGUUACCGAUAGCCCAAGCAUCCUAUGCUGAAGGUCUACCAUCGCACUAUUCGAGUCAACAUCACAACCACAAGGUAAAUAUAGCCUUGGGGGUGGUAGAAGCAAUGGCCCGAGGGCCAUUAGCGGGAGGCGCUCGAUCAAGGCUAAGGGCUGCAUGUGCCGCAACUUGGAAGACGCGGCGUCUUUGUGAAGCACCCUCGCUCACUUCCCAUCCCUGUAUUAACCCUGACCAUGACGGUAGCAAAGACCACUCAUCCGGCGUUCGUUACAUAAGCGUGUGUAAUUGUGGUCGAAGCAAAUGUUCACGGGACGACCCUUAUACGGUGAAAGCUGCUAACUUCACCUUCUACAGCCACGCCGCUGAAGAAUGUGGAGUCUGUAAUACCCUUCAGGGUAUAGAAUUUCCCGUCUUUCAACCUUCCACGCCCAGUUUUAGGGCAGCGUCUGUCAAGGGUGUUAUAGAAGAGGCACCAGAACGGGCUGAAAGAUGUGAUGGCUCAGGAGAUUCUCCAGAUGUUGAUCAACGCUCAGAAGGCUGGUCUCCGGAUGAACUGUCUCCCGGGUCAGCGAAAGAUGACGAAGAUGAUGAACCGCCUUGCAGCGGUGAUGCACUGAAUGUAAUGCCUGUUAGAGGUGAAACUGUUUCAGCGAAAGUAAUAAGCCGCCAGCCAUCGACGACGGAAUACCUACCUGGUAUGUUACAUACAAAUAGUCCCGCUGGCUUGUUGCCCGCCUUUUCGAGCUGGUCGCUGGUGUGUCUCGGCCUAUCGUCCCUAUAUUCGCACAGCCUGGGGUUGCCGGAGCAUUUGCAGCCUGGAUUCCUGCCUCAUACGAAUUAUUUGCUACCAUGGGAUUGUGCCGUGCGAAUGGAGCAUGCAAAUAUCUGGCGCACAUCGUCUCGAGGUCGAGGGAAAGGCGGCUCCCAACAUAACCUAACAGUGAAAAUAUUUAUUGGCUUUGAAUACGAAUGUCCAAGAGGUCAUAGGUUCAUGAUGUCCUCCCCAGACUCGGUAAUGAGUGGUGGGGGGGUUUCGUGGGGUCGCGAUGGGGCAGGGGCGGCAGGAGCUCGUCUGGCAGCCAGCGAGAUGCCCAUUUACGCCCCUUGUGUGUGCCGCCCUAACACUAUGUUGGCGCAGUUGAUGCGGCUGCACGUCGUCACGCCGAAAAGCUCGGUGCACGUCACACUGUCGCCUAAGGUACAACCGGCCCUCGGUGUGCCAACAUUCGUUCCGAGGCCGGAAUCCGAAGGACCAAUAAAGCUUAGUAGUGCAGCCUACUGGAUACUUCGCCUUCCCUACAUAUAUUCUGAUGAGAGAGGUCCAGUGCCAAGGCCGAGGAAUGCUGCUGGUUACAUGGGUUAUAUGCUUACACCACUAUUUGGACUACAAGAAUAA